GUAUAGAGAGCAGAGAGAGAACCCCAUCCUAUUCUCACACAUAAAGACUUGCUCCCAGUUUAGACUGUACAAAGCAACAAAGGCAAUUAUAUACGAUUACAUUCGUACACAAGUCCACAACAGACGGUACUCUUCUCUUCCCUCUUCUCGUCACUUCAGAAAUUGAGGAGGAAGAAGAAGAGUUCCGAAAAUUCUGUAGGAAAACGAAGAAGGAUUCUGUGAUAGUAAACUAGAGAAAGUGUUUUUGGGUUAGCGAACCAGUCCUCCUUCGGGACAAAAGCAAAUAGAAUGUUUUGAUUCAGCUAUUAAGAGUGUCUCUAUGCAUCUGAUUUAUCAAGUUCAGUAUCAUUUAGAUAUCCAGUGCCUAACUAGAACAGCCUAGAGACAGAAAAAUGUCGAUCUUACUCUCGACCGAAACUCUCCUUCAAACAACCACCACGAAAUUAAGGUUGAAGCUUUCGAACAAUGGAAGAAAUGAAGGAGAACCAAUAUUGUAUGGUCUAUUUGCAGGUAUCAAGAAGGUGAAAAAUAACAAAAUCAAUAGAGGAAGAUCUGUUUGCUCAAUAAAGGUUGUGAAAACCACUGUGACACCAACCCAAAUAGGAAAAAGCCAAAGAAAUCAUGCUCGAAAUCCAGUUUUGAGUGAAGGAAGAGAUGAGGAUGAGAACCAUGGCCUUAUCUGCCCUGGUUGUGGCAUUUUCAUGCAAGAUAAAGACCCAAAUCUCCCCGGUUUCUAUCAGGAAAGGAGGGAAUUUCAGAAGGAAUCGGCAGUUCUUGUGGAAGCUUUUGAUGGUAUAGGUGUUGAUGAAUUCACAGAGUUAAGUGGAGAGGAGGAAGAAGAGGAGUCUAUGGAUGACAUCCAGAGUAAAUUUGAGGCAAGUGACGAGGAAUAUGAGAAGGAAGAUGUGAUUGAUUGGGAUUCUGAUGAUUGGGAAUCCUUGGUUGAUGAUGAAGAUGAGAAUUGGAGGAAGGAAUUGGAUGGUUUUGCACCUGCUGGCCUUGGUUAUGGAAACAUUACUGAAGAGAUGAUGAAAAAGGUAAAGAAGGAGAGGAUUUCAAAAUCUGGGAAGAAACAAAAAGCCAGAGAAUCUCAAAGAGAUGAAGAGAUGGUUACUGUUUGUGCUCGGUGCCACUCAUUAAGAAAUUAUGGACAAGUCAAGAACCCAAAUGCCGAUAACCUGAUACCGGAUUUUGACUUUGAUCGGUUGAUCACUACUCGGUUGAUGAAACCAGGCAGUAACUCUGGCACUACUGUAGUAGUCAUGGUUGUUGAUUGUGUUGAUUUUGAUGGUUCAUUCCCCAAACGAGCAGCCAAGUCACUAUUCAGGGCAUUGGAACGAAGCAAGAAUGACGUGAAGCUCUCCAAAAAAUUGCCAAAGCUUGCCCUUGUUGCCACAAAGGUUGAUCUCCUGCCAUCUGAGAUUUCACCAACCAGGUUAGAUCGAUGGGUCCGCAACCGUGCCAAAGCUGGAGGUGCUCCUAAACUAAAUGGGGUGUAUCUUGUUAGUUCCCGUAAGGAUCUUGGUGUUAGAAACCUUCUGUCUUUCAUCAAAGAACUGGCAGGUCCUCGAGGAAAUGUAUGGGUUAUUGGGGCUCAGAAUGCUGGCAAGUCUACCCUCAUUAAUGCUUUUUCCAAGAAAGAAGGAAGAAAAAUUACAAAACUCACAGAGGCUGCAGUUCCAGGGACGACCCUGGGGAUAUUGAGAGUUGGAGGGAUUCUUCCAGCCAAGGCAAAAAUGUAUGAUACUCCAGGCCUCCUGCAUCCAUACUUGAUGUCCAUGAGACUCAAUAGAGAUGAGCAGAAGAUGAUUGAGAUUCGAAAGGAGCUGAAACCUCGGACUUAUAGAAUGAAGGCAGGGCAGGCAGUGCAUGUUGGUGGUUUAAUUAGACUGGACUUGAAUCAAGCUUCAGUAGAAACAAUUUAUGUCACAAUUUGGUUCUCACCAAAUGUUUCUCUUCACCUAGGGAAGAUAGAAAAUGCUGAUGAAAUAUGGAAAAAGCAUGCCGGUGUCAGGUUGCAGCCUCCCAUUGGUGUAGAUCGAGUACCUGAAUUAGGAAAAUGGGAACGUAGAGAAUUCAAGGUGUCUGGAAGCAGCUGGGAUGUGAACAGCAUCGACAUUGCAGUGGCAGGAUUUGGUUGGUUUUCCUUUGGACUGAAAGGUGAGGCAACCUUGGCCUUGUGGACAUAUGAUGGCAUUGAAAUAACUUUGCGUGAGCCAUUAGUUCUUGACCGGGCACAGUUCCUUGAGAGAUCUGGAUUCCUACUGCCUAAGGCCAUAUCUGAUGCCAUUGGCAACCAAACUAAGCUCGAAGCUAGAAAAAAGAAGAAGCUUCAAGAUAAUGAAAUAGAUUCACCUUCAGAGGUGCUUACUUGAACAUUCAUAUAGAUGAUACAGGUCUCUUGUCUCUUAUUGAGAAUCAAACCAACUUAGCUGUCAGACGAGGAAGAGUUCUAGAUGACAAGCCGGAUACCGUUCUGGAACGAUCUAGAGGAGAAGAUUACGUGAUUUCUCUGUUCUGCAUUUCAGAAUAUAUAGAAAAUGCGGUGUUCCACCCAACCGAGUGUAUUCAGUUGCAAGCCACUGCUCUGCAAAUGUCCAGUUUACUUUGAUGAGUGUAGAGGUUGUUUAUUUGAUUUUUUUUUUUUUUUUUUUUUUAAAUUAUCGUUAACUUUGAGCAUUUUUGCUGCUUCAAAGUAGUAACCAGUAAAGUUCUUGCUCUCAUUCGCGACAACUAAACAAAUUAAUUGCAAUUACCAUCCUCCACUGACUGCA